AUGAAUCCGCCCCGAGAAGAAGUAGGUGAAUUCACUAAACUCCUCAACGGUUUCAUGACUCUAAUGAGAAGAUUCAUAUUCAAAGUUCUAUGCGUCGGUCCAAUCCCUAACCACAUCUCAUUCAUCAUGGAUGGAAACCGCAGAUUCGCCAAGAAACACAAUCUUCAAGGACUAGACGCAGGACACAGAGCCGGUUUCGUAUCCGUGACAUACGUUCUUCAGUACUGCCAAGAGAUUGGUGUACCGUACGUCACACUCUACGCCUUUGGUCUCGACAACUUCAAGAGGGAGCCUCAAGAAGUCAAGUGUAUGAUGGAUCUGAUGCUGGAGAAAAUCGAGCUCACGAUAGAUCAAGCCAUCUCCGGGAAUGUAAAGAAUGUGAAAGUGAUCUUUGCUGGUGAUUUGAAUUUGUUAAACGACCGUCUUAAAGCCGCAGCGCAGAGACUGAUGGAAGUUACUGAGGAGAAUAAGGGUUUAGUGGUUGUGGUUAUCGUUGCGUACAGCACAAGUCACGAGAUUGUUCAGGCUAUUAAAGAAUCUUGUGUAAGGAAGUGUGAGGGUGGAGAUAGUCCUCAGGUUUUGAAGGUGAGUGAUGUUGAAGAGUGUAUGUAUACAUCUAUUGUUCCGGAUCCUGCUCUUGUAAUAAGAACAGGGGGAAUAGAUAGGCUAAGUAACUUCAUGACUUGGCAGACUUCAAGGUCUCUCCUUCAUACCACGGCUGCUCUUUGGCCGGAGUUAGGUCUUUGGCAUUUGGUUUGGGCCAUUCUUAAGUUCCAGAGAAUGCAAGAUUACUUGCAGAAGAAGCAAAAGGUGGACUAA